GCUGCAAGAGGACGAGGCGGCGAUGCUGCUGGCGGCGCGCGCCGAUUACCUGGCGCCUUGGUGGGCGUCCUGGCUGCACGGGCUCCCCCACCUGAGCCUGAGCCUGCAGCCCGUGCCCAGCGCCUUCCGGCCGAAGGACCCCGACUACCAGCAGUCCUUGCUGCUCUUGGCCCUGGUGGGUGCUGUCUUUCUGGGCCUCAACCUGCUCUUCCUUGCUAUCUAUCUGAUUUGCCUGUGCUGCUGCAAGAGAGAGGAAGAGUCCGAGACCAAGAAGCCAAACUCCUGCUGCAUUACCUGGACUGCUGUGGUUGCUGGCCUCAUCUGCUGUGCUUCUGUUGGCAUCGGUUUCUAUGGCAACAGUGAAACCAAUGAUGGGGUUUAUCAGCUGAUCUAUGCCCUUGAUAAUGCUAAUCAUACCCUCUCAGGGAUUGAUUCACUGGUCUCUGGCACUGCUACACAGAUGAAGGUAACUUUGGAGCAGCAUAUGGCUCGACUGAAUGAGAUCUUUGCCAUGCGCGGUGACUAUGUGCAGACCCUCAAGUUCAUGCAGCAGAUGGCAGGCAACAUUGUCUUGCAGCUCUCAGGGCUCCCUGUUUGGGAGGGCGUUACUAUACACCUGUCUCAGGUGACUACUGAAAUCAGCACUGUGGAGUAUUACAGGUGGCUCUCCUACCUCUUGCUGUUCAUCCUAGAUUUGGUGAUCUGCCUUAUCGCUUGCCUGGGGCUGGCUAAGCACUCAAAAUAUCUUCUUAUUACGAUGCUGUGCUGUGGGCUGUUCAUACUCAUUCUCAGCUGGGGCUCCUUUUCAGUGGAUGUUGCGGCAGCAGUGGGUACCAGUGAUUUCUGUGUCGCCCCGGACAAGAUUAUCCUGAACAUGACGCAAAGUGGCCUCAGUGCAGAGAUAGUUCGCUAUUACCUGUAUUGCAGCCAGAGUCUAACCAACCCCUUCCAGCAGGCUCUGACCAUCUACCAGCGUUCUCUCACUACCAUGCAGAUCCAGAUCCAAGGACUGAUGCAAUUUGCUGUACCCAUUUUCCCUUCUGCUGCGAAAGACCUUCUUGGUAUGCAGAAGCUACUCAACUCCUCGGAGACUAGCCUCCACCAACUAACUGCCAUGUUGGACUGCAGGGGCCUGCACAAGGAUUAUCUGGAUGCCUUGGUUGGGGUCUGCUAUGAUGGGGUGGAAGGCUUGUUGUACCUCAUCCUCUUUUCUCUGUUGGCUGCCAUGGCCUUCUCCACCAUCAUCUGCGCCAUGCCACAUUCCUGGAAGCAUUUAGCCAGCAGGGACCGGGAAUAUGAUGACAUAGAUGAUGAAGACCCUUUCAACCCCCAGGCUCGGCGUAUUGCUGCCCACAACCCCACACGUGGGCAGGUUCGUAGUUUCUGCAGCUACAGUAGCAGCCUGGGCAGUCAGACCAGUCUCCAACCUCCAGCACAGACCAUCUCCAAUGCCCCAGUGUCUGAGUACAUGAACCAAGCUGUGCUCUUUGGUGGGAACCCACGCUAUGAAAACGUCCCACUGAUUGGAAGAGGAUCGCCUCCCCCCACGUAUUCUCCAAGUAUGCGAGCCACCUAUCUAUCGAUUAAUGAUGAUCACAGGCGACAGUACAGCAACGAAUUUCCAGCCUAGAAAUUCUCUUGUAGAGAAAAACCCUCAAACAAUGUUUCUAUAGUGGAACCUGACAAAAACUCAAGGUGCGUGGACUGCAGGGAACAGGAAUGCCUCCAUAGGGAAGUGGCAGAGAAGGACAUUUGGAGAAGGCAUCAGCCAAAGAAGACAACCACUGGGAUUCUGCAUAAUCUUCUUAGAGGGGUAUCCUGUGUGUUCAAACUGGCAGCUUUUGUUCAUAAUUCUUAGUCUUCCUCUCUUGCACACAUUGGAUGGUACCCCAUACCUCCAACCUCUUAGCUGACUGCUCUGAAGUCUUCUCCUGAACGUAUCUCCUGCUCCUUUCCUGCCACCAGUGCAUUGUAUUCCCCA